AUGACUACUCUGGGGACUUUACCAAGCAUUCCCAAGAUGAAUGAAGAGCUAAAAACCUAUGAGGGGGAGGUGUAUGAGGGGGAGGUGUAUGAGGGGGAGGUGUAUGAGGGGGAGGUGUAUGAGGGGGAGGUGUAUGAGGGGGAGGUGUAUGAGGGGGAGGUGUAUGAGGGGGAGGUGUAUGAGGGGGAGGUGUAUGAGGGGGAGGUGUAUGAGGGGGAGGUGUAUGAGGGGGAGGUGUAUGAGGGGGAGGUGUAUGAGGGGGAGGUGUAUGAGGGGGAGGUGUAUGAGGGGGAGGUGUAUGAGGGGGAGGUGUAUGAGGGGGAGGUGUAUGAGGGGGAGGUGUAUGAGGGGGAGGUGUAUGAGGGGGAGGUGUAUGAGGGGGAGGUGUAUGAGGGGGAGGUGUAUGAGGGGGAGGUGUAUGAGGGGGAGGUGUAUGAGGGGGAGGUGUAUGAGGGGGAGGUGUAUGAGGGGGAGGUGUAUGAGGGGGAGGUGUAUGAGGGGGAGGUGUAUGAGGGGGAGGUGUAUGAGGGGGAGGUGUAUGAGGGGGAGGUGUAUGAGGGGGAGGUGUAUGAGGGGGAGGUGUAUGAGGGGGAGGUGUAUGAGGGGGAGGUGUAUGAGGGGGAGGUGUAUGAGGGGGAGGUGUAUGAGGGGGAGGUGUAUGAGGGGGAGGUGUAUGAGGGGGAGGUGUAUGAGGGGGAGGUGUAUGAGGGGGAGGUGUAUGAGGGGGAGGUGUAUGAGGGGGAGGUGUAUGAGGGGGAGGUGUAUGAGGGGGAGGUGUAUGAGGGGGAGGUGUAUGAGGGGGAGGUGUAUGAGGGGGAGGUGUAUGAGGGGGAGGUGUAUGAGGGGGAGGUGUAUGAGGGGGAGGUGUAUGAGGGGGAGGUGUAUGAGGGGGAGGUGUAUGAGGGGGAGGUGUAUGAGGGGGAGGUGUAUGAGGGGGAGGUGUAUGAGGGGGAGGUGUAUGAGGGGGAGGUGUAUGAGGGGGAGGUGUAUGAGGGGGAGGUGUAUGAGGGGGAGGUGUAUGAGGGGGAGGUGUAUGAGGGGGAGGUGUAUGAGGGGGAGGUGUAUGAGGGGGAGGUGUAUGAGGGGGAGGUGUAUGAGGGGGAGGUGUAUGAGGGGGAGGUGUAUGAGGGGGAGGUGUAUGAGGGGGAGGUGUAUGAGGGGGAGGUGUAUGAGGGGGAGGUGUAUGAGGGGGAGGUGUAUGAGGGGGAGGUGUAUGAGGGGGAGGUGUAUGAGGGGGAGGUGUAUGAGGGGGAGGUGUAUGAGGGGGAGGUGUAUGAGGGGGAGGUGUAUGAGGGGGAGGUGUAUGAGGGGGAGGUGUAUGAGGGGGAGGUGUAUGAGGGGGAGGUGUAUGAGGGGGAGGUGUAUGAGGGGGAGGUGUAUGAGGGGGAGGUGUAUGAGGGGGAGGUGUAUGAGGGGGAGGUGUAUGAGGGGGAGGUGUAUGAGGGGGAGGUGUAUGAGGGGGAGGUGUAUGAGGGGGAGGUGUAUGAGGGGGAGGUGUAUGAGGGGGAGGUGUAUGAGGGGGAGGUGUAUGAGGGGGAGGACAUGGACAGCAGAAGAGAGGAAAUGGACAGAGGGGAGAGGACGAGAUGGCAAGAGACAGGGGAGGUGUGGAGGCGGUGGAUAAAGGAGGGAGAGAAGAAUGGAUAA